AUGGCCAAACCAAGCGAGACCUCCAACCUGCCGAACAGCGCACUUCCCACCAUGUUUCGGCCGCCCGUCAACCGCGCAAUGCGAGUCCUGGACCGCUCGUUCUUUAGAAAAACGGUGCCACUUUCGGCGGCGACUGUGUUCAAGAACUCGGAUAUCUCGAGGGUGCGUGGGGCAUUGCAGAAGAGUCAGGAAUUGUUGGACGUGCCGAAGAUGAAUGUUAUUCGGGAAGUUAAGGUGGAUGAUGCGGUGAAGAAGUGUUUGUUAUUGAAUGAGAGGGUGAAAUAUGAUGAUGCUGCGACAUGGUCGUCGACGAUCCAUGAUCUUGUGGAAAAGGAAACUAUCGGGUUGAGGCCUUAUGAAUUGGCGUUGGAUUAUGAUUUUUGGACAUAUGCUGAUAUCAUGGCCGCAAUUCUGCCGGAAGAUUUGCUUCCGGAGAUACCGCAGGGGUUUACACAGGUGGGCCAUGUUUCACAUAUUAACCUACGUGAACAAUAUGUCCCCUACAAGCAGUUUAUCGCGCAAGUUUUGCUGGAUAAGAACCCAAAUAUCAAGACUGUGAUCAGAAAGACGGAGGAUGUGGGCUCCCAUAGCGAAUUCCGCACUUUCCCUUUCGAGCUGCUAGGAGGCGAGAAUGACAUGAAUGUCAUCCAAUGCGAGCAGGAGUGUGAGUUUCGGUUCGACUACUCUCGUGUGUACUGGAACAGUCGUCUAGAGACAGAACACCGUCGGCUGGUGCAGAAGUUUCGCCCAGGCGAGAUGGUCUGCGACGUGAUGGCCGGCGUGGGUCCAUUUGCAGUUCCCGCGGGCAAGAAGAAGAUCUUUGUCUGGGCAAAUGACCUCAACCCGUACGGAUGGGAGGUGAUGCAGGAUGCUAUCAAGAGGAAUAGGGUUGGAAGUUUUGUGACCCCCUUUAACAAGGACGGCAGGGAGUUCAUCCGCUGGUCUGCCAACGAGCUGCUAGAGUCAGGCCCAUUAGAAGUGACUUUGCCGCCCAAGCGAAAGGAAAGGCGAAGUGCCAGAAAGGAAGAACAAGCCCCCUUGCCUCCUCCAGAAGUCAUGAUCCGUCCAACUGUCUUCGAUCAUUACGUCAUGAAUCUACCUGCCACCGCUCUGCAAUUCCUCGAUGCGUUCCCUGGACUCUAUGCCGGAAAGGAGUCACUGUUUGCGCCGUACACCUCGCAGGCCCUUCCAAUGGUGCAUGUGUAUUGUUUCUCUGGUCACUCGGAGGAUGAGGCAGAUGACCAUGCAGACAUCUGCAAGCGUAUUGCUGAGCGAAUUGGGUAUCCUGUCAGGCUGGAGGACAGAAUUGGGGGCAAUGGGAACCAAGAAUUGGAGCUGUCCAUUCACAAUGUCCGGCUGCCAAUCCAAACGAAUUACUCCCCCGCUGAAUCGAUCCGUCCAGCCUCGCCGCAGGAGAUCAAGAUGAGCGUCCAGUUACCCCCGGCCACGCACCGCAAACGUGCCUUGCCUCAGGGCGAGCUUGAAGCUGCUUCGACUCUAAAACUUGGUGCGGAUCAGAAUACACACACCCUGUCGCUGUCCGAAGCACGACUCGUUAUCAACAAGGUGUUGGAGAAUAAACGCAGAGGAGGUAAAAAAUACGAAGAGCCGGAAAACCUUACCAAAACAUUGGACUAUUUAGAAGUCUUUGCUAGGUUCAAGGAUGAGGAGAAUAUCAAGGCUGUUGAACGGCUGCUUAACUCGCACACGGAAUUGGAGAUGUUUGAACGGUCCCAGUUAGGAAGUCUGUGCUGUGACAAUGCCGAAGAAGCCAAGUCACUUAUUCCUAGUCUACAGCACAAAAUCUCCGAUGGGGACCUGCAAGAACUUCUGGAUGAGCUGACCAAACUGCGCAACUUUACCGAAUAA